AUGUCUACCAACGGCACGCAUGCAACCAAUGGCCAUGCCACGAAUGGCACGGAGUACUCUCUCAAACCAGGUCUGGCCAACUCUCUUCCCAUCACCUCCAUCAUCGCGCAAUGGGUCUCCACAACUACCACCGCCUCACUGAAUUCUAGCAUGCGCAACAAGCUCUCCGACCUCCUCCUCGAUAUGGUCGGCAUCAGCGCGGCGGCAGCGCAAUCUUCCGCUUCCACCCCAGCAAUUGUUGCUGCAAUCACCUCCCUCUCACCACCGGGAUCUGGAAGCUGCACAGUGUUGACCAAAGGGUCCACGUAUCCAGCACACAUUGCUGCACUGCUCAACGCGACAUUUGGACAUUCAUUGGACUUUGACGACACUCACGCCGCCAGCACUCUGCAUCCCGGAGUCUGCGCCAUCUGGGCAGCAGUUGCGCAAGCGGAGCUCUCUUCCAAUACGGACGUCGACCGCUUCCUUCUCGCUGUCAGCGUUGGCUAUGAAAUUACCUGCCGCCUGGGGACCGAGCUUGGCUACAGCGCGUACUCGCGCGGCUUCCACAAUACCUCGACUGCCGGCGUCUUCGGAGCUGUAGCUGCCAUCGCGGUGCUCAAAGGGUUGCCCGCGCCGACAAUCGAGAUGGCAUUUGGACUUGCGGGCUCGCGUGCGGCAGGCAGCAUGCAAUACCUCGACAAUGGGAGUCACAACAAGCGUUUGCAUCCUGGAUUCGCAUGCCACGACGCGUUCGUCUGUGUUGCGCUGGCGGAGCAGGGCGUUGUGGGCGCGACGCGAAUCUUUGAAGGGAAGAUGGGGUUCCUGAAUGCAUACAGUCCGAACCAAGAGAAGGAUUUGAGUCGCAUUAUCAAGGACCUGGGUGAGGAAUGGGUGUUUGUGGAAACAAGUCUCAAACCUUUCCCUGCCUGCCGCAUGACGCACGGAGGAAUCGAAAUGGCGGACAAGCUGGCUAACAAGCGGCGCCAAAAGGGGAUCACGAGCAAUGCGGACCUCGUCAAGGACGUAAAAAGCAUUGAGGUCAGGUUGAGGACUGCCAAUAUGAGUCUCGUUGGAGAUCGGACGGAGAACAAGGUUCACCCGAAGGCGGAGGUGGAUGCUCAGUUCAGUGCGUACUUUCAGGUCGCGCAUGCUUAUCUGUGGGGAAGUCAGCAAGGCGUCAAGGCAUAUGGGCGACUGGGCGAUCAGGAUGUGUCGGCCUUGUGUGACAAGAUCAAGUGUGUGGUGGAUGAUGAGGAUCCAGGGUUGUUGGGCAUGGGAUCAAGAAUCAUCGUUGAUUACGAGGAUGGAUCCAGAGAAGACACAACCAUCACGGAACCGCUGGGUGAACCGUCGCAUCCAUUCGAAAGGUCUGCCGUCGAGCUGAAGUUCAAAGGGUGCAUGGAGCCCGUCUACGGCCCUAAAACAAGUCAAGAGGUGCUGAAGAUGGUUGAUGGGAUUUCGAAGGGACAGGGAAGUGUUACAGAACUGAUGAAGCUCUUGGCUUGA